GAAGGAGAGCUGACAUAAGCCAAUCAGGUGACCUCUGAGCCCCUGGGUGUGUGAGGGUGUCCGUGUGUAUGUGUGUUGGGAGAGAGAGAGAUAGGAGGGGGGGGAUGUUUACAGUAGGGAGUGUCGAGACAGCAGAAAAGCAAUGAACAUAAACAUAAGGACGUGAAACAUUCCGCUGACGAAGGAAUAUGAAAGGACCCUCUCAUAAGACACUUUAUCCACAUUCCUCCUCCUGCACCGCACACACCAUUAACAUAUUCUGUCUCUUUUCUCACAUACAAAACGUUUAUCUUUCUAUUAAUUCAUUUUUUCACCCAUGUAUUCAUUAUACCUUAGUCUCCUCUUAAAAUGCGAACGCUUCUUUAAUGAUUCCACUCAUUAUCUCAGCCCAUCAUCUCAUAUACAAACGUUUAUCUAUUUGUUCAUGUACUCACCCAUACAAUCAUUAUCUUAAUCUUCCACCUCACAUACAAACGUUUAUUUAACUAUUUACUCACUUUUCCAGCUUCUCAUCUCAAAUAGAAACGUUUAUCUAUUUCAUCAACACACUCAUUAUCACAGUCUCUCUCCUCACAUGCAGCAUUUUCUAUCAAGUUGUGAUUCUUAUGUUAUCGUAAUCUACGGUAAUAUUCAGUAACGCCCAAGUUAAGAACAUUUUCAUAGUCCUUCAUCCUUCUCUUUUCCCUCCAUUAUUUUCCCGCCCAAGCUUUCUUCGGAUCCCGCCAUAAAUUUAAGAGAGAAAGAGACAUACAUAGCGACAUACGUUCAUCCCUCACUCCUCCAGUCUCGUCACCUAAACGCUUUAUACUAAAUCACCAAAUAUAUAUGUUCUCUUCGACGUCUUAACUCUAUUAAUUCAAAAAAAUAGAUAAAGUAUCCUUCUUCACACCGGACGCUUAUGUUAGACCGCCAGAAAACAAACAAAACAAAACAAAACAAAAAAACAUCUAAAUAAGCCAUUUCUCACCCUAAAAACGCGCUGCACACAUACACACACAUCACAAACACCCUUUAGAUAACCCAUGCUGAGAACUAACAUUGGGCAAAGCAUGGAAUAGGAGAAAAAAAGAAAUAGAUACACGAACAAUCUCAUGCUGUCUGUCCGGCAACUCAAAGCAGUGUUGCCAGAGAGGGAGUCGCACCUUUUGCCGCUCAGUGAUCCUCCGCAGCUUGUGAAGGGAGGGUGUCAUAUUAGUGCAUGUUGGGAUUAAUACAACGUUUUCCCUCCCUGACCUUGGAAUAACAACGUGUCUAUGAGAACGCGACCAGGAUUACGAAGCUCCAGGUCCCGCAGCUGCGUAGGGGGCUGCGCCGUACCGCACUGCGCCGCGCCUUGGGGCUGAUGCGCCGCCCUGACAGCGAGGAGGAUGCCCUGUGGUUCUCGCGGCCGUCAUGUCUCACCGCACUUCCAGCAAGCUCUCACAGGGCAGCGGCGACUCCUGAGCAGCAGCAACAGCAGCAGCAACCGCCGCAGCCACGGAGAGACUGAGGCAGCGUGCGUGUGCGCGACGCCAGGAAGGAAGCCAAGGCGCCCCAGCAGGAGUGCCUGGCGCCGCGCGGCGCCAAAGUGAGUGUGUGGCGUCCAAAGGCACUGCGUGCCCUGCGCGGCGCCGCCGCACGCCCAGGACACACGGGCGUGGCGGUGCCUGGCGUGCGCCGCACCGCGCUGGUCUGGCGGCGAAUAAUGAAGCCAGACAUGGGGGAGAUACAGAGAAUGUCGCCGUCCUGCGUGAAGGGGGAGGACACCGCCCCGGGGGGCCAUCCUGAGGCAGAGAACGUGCCGCCGCCGGGGACUCCUGCCCUCAGUAAUGGCGAGGAGGCCGCCGCCGUGGCCGCCAGACUGGGCAUGUCGCCGCUCAAGCUGUCGGUGGCCAACGAGGGGCGCAGGGCCUCGCCGCUGUACAAGGGCGCCGCGCCGCCCAGCCCCGCCGCUCGCGCCCUCCCGCCCAGCCCUUCUGCUCGCGCCCUACCGUUAAAUCCUGCCGCCUGCGCCCUGCGGAAGCCCGUGCUCAUCCUGCGCCGCCUGGACCCCAAGAAGAUGCGGCGGAAAAGCGACAUCGAGGAGAUGGGGCUGAACAACGCCUGCGCCAGGAGGAUCAGGCGGGAGCUGGCGCGCGGCAAGAGGAACUGCCGGCGGCGGUACCUCCGUAAGAUGGGCAGGGUGUCUCUAAAGAAGGCGCCGCGCAUGACAACUGCCCAGGCGCCGCGAAGAACACGGCCCAGGAGGCGACGCGUAGCAGCGGAGGACGCCGCGGGGAGGCCACCGCUGGAGGGACCUGCUGCUGCUGCUGCCGCCGGGGCCUCCUUUGCCAGUCCACCAAAGAAGAGGAGCCAGGAGAUGCCCAACCACACCUCUUCGUCACUCAGUGUUCUACCUCAGCCACAGGGAUGGGCCUCUCAGCACUUCCAGCCUCACCCAAACCCCUCCUCGAAGUAUUUAACCAAUAGGGCAGCUUCUCACUCACCCCAAUCCAGCCUGGAGCCCCACCCCACAUCCCCCAACCUCCAGGGCACCUCACGCCAGCUGUUCCCUGCAAGUGAGUCGUUGCAUGCUGUGAGGAAUGAGAGCCUCAAGUCACAGCAGCAUCAAAAGCGGUAUGAGCCUGCAGCCUCUUCCUCAUCAGCCACAUGGUUCUCUCCAACAGUAAUCCCACCCCAAACAUUCCCACCAGGCGGUCCCCAGGUGAAUGGAACCCAGGAUGCCACACACCAGACUCGAAUGCACUCCCCCUUGGCAGUGACCAGCCCACCGGUGACUGCACAGCCCUCCAGGGACCACAUCAGCGUGCGAAGGCCUCCACCUCUCAUUCCCUUACCAAGAGUGGAAGCUUCAGGGAUCAGUCAUUCAAGAAACAAACCACAGGACACUCAGGCUUCCAGGUGUCUCCCUUAUUCCCUUGAGCUUCGAGACACAUCACUGCAAGGCCACCUGGACCCAAGAGCUGCCAGCCAGCCACCAGGGGGACAGAGAACAGUCUUUGCAGUAAGGAUGAAGACUGAUCCUACCCACAGUCCCAUGCUCCACAUUCCUGUUCUGCCAGCCAGCCAUCCAGACCAGAAACCUCACCAAGCAGCAGCUCAGACGCCAGCCCACCAGGCACCCCCACCCUCCAGAGUGAUGGCCAGGACAAGUGCCGUUCCUUCCAACACAGUGUGGAUAGUAGACAGGCAGAAGUCAUCGGAGUUGCCUUUUGCGUCUGUCUCCCCCAGCAGACCAGCAUUGCAGCAUUAUACAUCAGCUCUGCCAUCCAGCACAGUGCCCUCCCCUCACCACACCUCACCCAGCUCAAGACAAGAAGUUCCUCAAGAUCUCUCCAUCAGUUCACCCUCAGUCAUCACCUCUGCUGUGAGGCCGAGAGUCAUCAACACCACCAACACCUCACUGCCUAUGUCAUCCUCUCAUCUCUCUCUUAUCCUCACUGCUGGUGUUCCUCUCGUUCCUGUGUCAUCUGAAGCGAAUGCCUCGGCGCCCAACACAGUCACCACCAUCACCAGAGCUCCAGUCGUGUCCACAGUGCCAGUGCAAGUGAGUGAGCAGCAGGAGGACAGUGUUGUGUCAUAUGAGACCAAGAAGAGCAAGGCUGUCAAGUCCAGGAAGUUGCAGGAAUCUGAUGAGGUUGUUCAGGCAAAGAGAAUUAAGUUACAGGAAGGAGUGGAAGGUGGAUUGAUGCUAAGUGAGGACAGCCACUCCAUUCAAUCAGACAGCAUCUCUUCCACCACAGCAUCCACCACACUCACCUCUGAGUCUUCCCCCAGUGUGGUGAACAAAGUCAAUUAUGUGGCAGUCAUAUCCGUUACUCCUUCCACCACCACAACUACAGUGUCCUCCACCACCACCACUACUACCACCUCCACCACAUUUGCUACACGCACCAUCACAUCAGCAGCUAUCACAGAUCCACUCUUUGCCACCUCAAAGAUCAAGAGCCACAGGAAGGAUCUGCCUAAUGACUCUGUGGCACUCUCAGGCAAGGCGUCAAGUUUGGCACAGAAAACAGAUGCCCCGGAGAGUAAUGCAAAGACGCCCUUCAUCCUGGUGCCCAAGAAGAGGCUGCGUGUGUUGACAGAGACUGAGCUUUGUUCUGUCAAGGGCACACCAACCUCUGUAGUGAAGCAGCUGAGGGAGGAAAGUAUUCCACCAAGGUCAUCCAUCAUCCACACCACUGCCACUGCCCAGGAUGUCCACAGAGAGUCUGGGAAAAGUCUGGAGGAGGUUCAGAGUAAGAAGACUCCCUCCCCAGCUGUAGCGUUGUCCUCAUCCGCAAGUAGUCCUGCCAGGAAGACUUUGAAGCGAGAAAGUUUGUCGUCUCCUGCCAAAACUGUUGCCACAUUACCAUCUUCAGCCUACCGUGCUUCUCCUGCAACAAAAAAGCGACUCAGGAAGGUGGUGGUGCGAGUGGAGAGAUUGACAGAGAAGAGCUUCAGUGAUGCCUUCCUUGCCGCCCACAACGUGUCCCCUGCGUGUGGUGCUCGCCUGUGUCGCCACCUGAAGGUGCUGCAGGGAGCUGGCCAGUACCACCGCCCACUGAACAGAAGGCGGCGAGUGCGCAAGGCCCUGCUGGCCCUUACGGCUGCACCGGCCCGCCCGACAGCACCAUCGCCAGAGAUCCCACGUCCACCACCCAUAAAACCAGUAAGACUUGUAAAGCCUCCAAAACUUGCAAGACUUGUUGACUACACGCCGUCUCCCAGCACCAGCUCAUCUCCUGCCAGCCGCAGCCAGUCACCCGUAGUGCCCCCGCCCCCCACAGUGCCAGCCAAGCCGCCGGUGCCGGCCAAGCCACCAGUGCCAGCUAGGCUCAGCGAGGCAGCAGGCAUUCUGCACAUCAACAUGGUGAAGAGGCGGCGGCUGCUGGUGCUCAGAAACAAGCGGCUGCAGCCCGGCAACCUCAAGCUGCUGUUUGAGUUGGGUUUGGACAUUGCCAAGAAGGCGUCCAAGAACUCCACCUUGGACCGCAUGGGUGUGCGCGGCCCCAUCCUGGACCCAGGUUACUUUGGCAUCAAGGGAGCCCCACGACCCAGCCAGAACCACAGGAAGCCAGGUCAUGCCAGCCAAGUGAGUCAGGGUGAACCAAGCCAGGCCAACCAGACACAGUCAGGCCAGGCAGGCCAGGUGUCUGCUGCUGCUGCUGCUGCUGCUGUUGCUCCUCCUCAAAAGGUGCGAAACUUUAAGAAGGCUGCUGCCUCAGGAGCUGCCGGGCGAACACAACCUCACAUUUACUUUCCAGAUGGGCAUGUUCUUAUACUGCAGCAACAGCAGCAGCAGCAGCAGCUGCAGUACCAACAGCAGCAGCAGCAGCAACAGUACCUGUACCCAGGGCAGGUUCCUGCCACCAGAAUGAGUGGCGGGGCAGGAGUGUCUGCAGCCAUUAUGGGUGCACUGGGGAGUCCCAGCUCCCACCCAUCCUCACACGCUGUGUUGCUUCAAGCUGCCAGCCAUCCCCAUAGAGCCAAGUUAGUGAUGGUGGACCAGCAGGGCCACAUGAGGGAGGCCCUGGUAAAUUCUGUCCCCCAUGGAUAUAGCCACUAUCCAGCCCCAGGCCUACCCUCAGUCCCAGGCCUACCCACAACUCCAGCCACAGCCCCAGCAGCAGUAUCCCCAGUUCCAGCCCCAGGACCAGUCCCAGGGCCAAGCUCUCAUCCUGAAGGGUGGUCAGGUCGGCCCCAAGUGAGUCGAGACCCCCUUGCUCCUCCCCUCAUGUUCAUGGGCUCCCCAGGGAUGGGAGCAGUCCCCAGGGAGCACACUCAGCCCCCACAGGCACAGCCAGCCACUGCCCGCCCAUCAGCCUCCCGGGCCAUGCCUCCUCCCCUGUCUUUCAUGGGACAGUCUGGGGAAACAGCCUCCUGGGCUGGGUCACAGCACAGCCAGCAGCCAGCGGGCAUGUCGUGGCCCCGCCUGGUGGGCCACCCCUCCAGGGCAUACCCAGUCAUCAACCACACCAAGCACGUCAUCGCUAACAAAGCCCCUCCCAAUUACUUUGGCCCUCCACCUCAGUACACCCCAAAGUCCUCUUACAACAUGCAGAGGCUUGUGUUCCAGGGACAGUCUCACCCCACCACCCCCACCACUGCCACCUCCAGACCCAGCCCUGGCAGCCGCCACCACCCUCUGGAGUGGCAUGCCACCACAGCCCCCCAGGCCACCCCACACCCCCAGGAACAACACCACAGGGUCACCACUGGCACGGUAUACUACCCAGCCCAUCCUGACGCAGCGCGGGUGUCCUCAGAGCAGCGCACCAGACCACGGCAGGCAGCAGUAGUGCAGGGAGACACUGCUACUGGCAGCCGGCAGCAGGCAUCAGAUCCUGGAGUGACAGCUUCCUCCAGUGCAGGCCCAGGGACAGCAUCCAGUAUCAGUGCCAGUGCCACCACCACCACCGCCGCCACCACCACCACUGCCACCACCACACCCAGUACAUCCACUGCCAGCGUUGAGAAGCACCAGUGCCACCAGACGUGGCUGCCAGAGGUGAUGGCAGUAGUGGAGGCGCUGCUGCUCCAGCUGGUGGAUGCUGGGCUGCCCACCAGAGAGUCCUUCAUCACCCACACCUUGAAGCAGCUGCUGUAUGCCCGCUGCACCACCAGGCCCACCCCGGCCUUCUGCUGCACCACACAGGAGAAACGCUGGUACGUGGAGUUUUACAACACCCACUGCCGGCGCCUGCAGGCCAUGGAGGAGGCAAGGCAGCCCAUCUGUGGCCUGAGCCAGGACGAGGUGCGGCUGUGGCUCAGCAGGCUCAAGGUAGACAUGGUCAAGUUUCACGGUGUGCCGCCACAGCGCAUCUACUACCUGCACGAGCUCAACUUCUUCCUGGACCAGCAGACGCGGGAGGUGAAGUACCACCGCAUGUUCCCCGGCCUGCCCGUCAUGAGCCCUGGCAACAAGGACACAGUGUCAGUGCUGUUCACCCUCGGUGCUGACGGCCAGGUGGGGCCCGGCAUGAUCAUCUUCCCCCGCAUGGUGAUCCCAGAGCGGCUGUUCGAGUCGCUGCGCCGCGUGGCAGGGGGCGGGGAGUGGGUGCUCGGCUCGUCUGCCAAUGGCUGGCUCACCAGGGACUGCGUGCUGGAGUUUGUCAGCGAUGUGUUCGUGCCAUGGCUCAGGAGGCGCGCUGUGCACUUCCCUGCAGCACUGUUCUCCAGCGAGUACAUCUCUGGGGUAUCUGUGGUGCCCGUGGCUGACCGCUUCGUGGCACAGGGCGUGCAGCUCAUCUCUGUGCCACGGGAGAUCACGGGCGUGCUGAGUCCCGCUGAAUGGACCAUGGGGUACCACCUGCGCUGGCACUGGGGCCGCGUGGUCAAGGAGUGGAGCGAUUCCCACGACAACAAGCCACUGCUGGAGGAAAACUUUGCCCCAUUCAUCAUCAGUUUCCUGAGUGGCCGUGCCGUUCCCAGGAAAGUGAUGGAGAAGUUUGCCAAGUUUGGGAUCUGUCCCUUUGAUGCUCAGGCCAUGUUCUAUUUCCUCCUCAAGUAUCACUCCUUGGGCAUCAAGGGCAUCAAGGGGGAGAAGAGCCGCCUGCAGAAUGGGAUUUGAGGAGGCUGGCAACAGGCAGCGUGUGAGGGACUUGCCGGUGCUGUGUGGUGCCUCGCUCACUUGGCAGCAUCACCAUUGCUAAACACCAGCACAUGAUGUACCUGCAGCAGACCUGCAUUGCUGUGCCUCACACAGCUCAGUCUUGCCGACAUGUACAGUGCAAGAAAAAUGCCUUAACGAGAAUUUUUACAGACUCAAUCUAAAAUGUCCAAAGAACUCACAGGUACAUUUGAGAAGAGACUAACUGAAUUGGUAUCUCGACAGAAUCUCAAGAGAAUCUCAAAAGUUCACGGAAUUGUCUUAGUCCAUAAUCUCAUCUUGAAGGAUUCUGCUUAUCAAUAUUAUUUGUUGGAAACUCAGUUUUUUAUUCAUGUGAUUUUAUGUGGACUUGCUUUUAUUAUUGGUGCUCUUGUGUAAUGCAAGGAACAUUUGGUGAGAUGUGUGUCCCAAAGAAUGGAAGCUUCAAGCAGAGGCGAGCAGCUGAGCAGGCGUGCCCUCAGGUGUGGUGAAGCAGUUCAUCUUGUGGUGGUGAGCCUUCAGAAAUGAGACAAAGAAGCAAUACUGGUACCCAUGCACUCCGUGAGUGUACUGCUAUCAAAGAGAAUGUAAGCGACGUGAAACGAGUGAUGGCACCGGACACUGGAAUGCGUUCAGUUUUGCACCUUGCGUCUUUGGGAACACCAAAGUGAUGGUUUGCUGAUGUGCUUCUACUAUGUCUGGGUGUUGACACGUACUGUUCAUCAUGACUCUGCUGCAGGAUUGUGUUGCUUCUGAGCAAUGCCUGUGAAUGUGUGUUGAGCCAUGAGCACCAGGUGUGGGUGUGCUCAUCAUCUGUGUCACUCUGGUGCUGCUGGAGGUUGUAAUGUAGUGGAAAGUUACCUUCUCUCCUUAGUCAUAGUGAGGGAUGCUGUGUUACUCCUUUGUGGAUCUCAGUUCCUUUAUUAUUUAGUAAGUUAUUUACCUACACAAACUUCUGCCUGAGUUCCUUUAUUAUCCCAAGGCUGUUCCAUUUUGAAAUUAUUUAUAAAUUACUAUAUUAUUAUUGUUUGUCACUUGGUCUCUUAUAAUGUUGCAUCACUGACUGAUCAGUCAAAACUAUCAAAAGUAUCAUUUAAUUUCUCAUUACCUAAUUAUAUUUGCCAGGUUUCCUCAAGACAAGUCACAGCCACUUGACUGAACCACCUUGGUUAUAAAUGGUAUUGUUUGUAUACUUUUCACAUCAGGCAGCUUGCUCUUGGCAUCAACUUUGUAAUACUCAGAAGUGUUACUCCUUUGUAUCUGAAGCUUUUGUUCCUGCAACUCUCAGCCAUGACAACCAGACCCAUUCUCUCCUACUCAUUCAUGACAAGAAACAGCCUCUUCUACCCUUACCUAAUACUCCUAAUCCUUCUCUGCCCUCACCCAAGAACUUGAGGCAGCCAGAUAAUUAAGUUCACCCAAGACAACCAACCCUUCUCUACUCUCCCCCCAAGAGCUUUCAAGGUAGUUGAUCAUUAAUUCACCCAUGACAAGAAACAGCCUCAUCUACCCUCACCCAAGACAACCAGUCCUGUGCCCUCACCCAGGAACUGAAGAUAAACAGAUCCUCCUCAUGUUCACCCAAGAUAACCAGAUUCUCCAAGAGCAAGAGACCAUUAUACUUUUCUUCCAUCUGCCAAGACCAAGACCAUUCAUCUAACUCAGCUAAGACCACCCCAUCAAACCCAUUGAAGACUUUGCCAAGUCUAAUCAGGCCCAGACAGGACCCAGGAAAAGCCCAUCAGAAGGCGGGCAAGUCCUGUCAAGUUGCCAAAGUCCUCUCAGCCCAGCCUAGACCAAGCCCACUCCUCACCAGCCACUGAAGGGGACAUUUGGCUCCACACCAUCAAAAUAUCAAGCAAGAACAGUCUUCUCACAACCUAAACUCAAGUCCAGGGCUCCGUUAGUCAAUCCCAGCACCCGGCCAGCCUUACAUUGUCCAUCAGUGUUGGGUCUGUGUCGGGCUGGGCCAGGAGGAACUUGACAAUGGCCAGGUGUCCAUGUUCAGCGGCACACAUGAGGGCCGUGGAGCCAUCAUCAUCCUGAAUGUUGAUCUCCGCCCCGGCCGCCACCAGCAUCUGCACCAUGUCCAGGCGGCCAUGGGACACUGCCAGCAUCAGUGCCGUCUGCCCAUGCUGGAGAGAAGGGAGGGAUUAUAGCUGUGUGGAUCUUACCUUACUUUAUGGUACUUUAAAACCUUGUACCUUAUUGAUCUUAACCUCAUACCUGCUACAUGUUUAUACUCGCUCCCAUCUUUCUCCUAGUCCAUCCGACCUUUCUGCUCUGUCUCUCAAAGCAUGUGUCUGUAGUCCUUCAUUCUUCACCAACAUCUUCCCUCUCCAAGCUACCAUAGUUUCUUCCCUUGUCUCUCCCUGAACACCUUACUCCCCAUAGUUUUUCAUCAGUACCUGUCCUCUUUAACCAACUAACCUGCUCCAAACUUCACCUACUGCAUCUUCAUAGUUUCUCUCAUCACCUGUCCUCAUCCAUCUAACCUUCCCAAACCUCAUUAUUCAUUUCUUUCACCUUCACCUCCCAGUCCCUCCACUUGUAAUCCCUGACACCCAUCCUCCCCUCACCUGGCUGGCCUUGAUGUUGAGGUCGCCAAGCUGGAAGAGGCGCUGCACCACACUGGCAUGGGUUUGGGAUCUGAUCUGUGCCAGGGAGACCAGCAUGGUGGCUGUGUAGCCUGCUUUGUUCUGCUGGUUUACAUUGCACACCUUUGAGUCGAGCAGCACAGACACCACGUCAAAGUUACCAUGAGACACGGCGUAGUGCAUGGCGGUGUUGCCCUACGGAGGAUGACACAUUAGAUCUGGUUGUGAUAUGAUAGGAAAGGGUGUUGCCAUUCUAAGCUGGAAGAGGCAAUGAUUGAUGAUACAAGCUGUGGUUUUGAUGAAUGAUUGACGUGUUAGAUCCGUAAUAGUGGUGAUGGUAGAAAUUAUCACUAUUAGCUGUCCGUUGGAAGUGUUGGGUGAUGAAAUUGAUGGAUGAUGACAUGUUAGGUCUGUAAUAGUUAUAAGUGCAUUGUGACAUGAUGGAGAGGGUGUUGUCACUAUUGGCAGUGUAUUGAGUGAGAUAGAGGAUACUUUGAUGGGUGUUGACAUGACAGGUUUGUGUUACUAAUACAUGAUGAGACGAUAGUCUUGUGGGAUAGUAAAUGAUACAAGGAAUGUUUUCACUCUUAGCAGUCUACUGAAGGAGUUAAAUGGUGAGGUACUGAUGGAGGACAUAAUGUAGUUUGUGAUAUUCAUAAAUGAUGAGGCAUUAGGUAAGUGAUAAGUGGAUUGUGAUAUGACACAAAGGAGGUUUUCAUUAUUUAGUCUAUUGCAAGUGUUAAUUGAUGAGGCAUUGAAUAGCCACUAAUACUCAAGUGUUUGUGUGUAACAGACACAUUAAUUAGAAAGGCAGCUGAAAGUUAUAUAUUUGAGGAAAUUCAUUUGUCAAUCUCUACAGAAAUACUGGAGGGAAUAGUACAUAGUGUCCAUGCUGUGUGUUGUGUCUGUGCCGCCCAGUACAAGAUUGGUGGUACUUAGACAGGUACAGGUCUGUGUGAGGUCAGGUACAUAGAUACUGAAGUAAAGAAAGAGCAUGAAUGUGUGUAAGACAGAAAAAGUGGGUUAUUUUCUUUGGUAUUUGGCAACAUGCAAUGAACUAAAGUACUACUUACAAAACUGACAUCAGAAGACAAGUAACUACAGUAUCACUAUAACUACUUCUACUAUUAUUAACAUCACAACACUAAGUAAACAAACAGUGCAUUACAUUACUCUACUGACCAUGACUAAACCACCCACCAGCACAGUAUACGUACAUUCACGUCGGCCAGGUUCACCACCUUCUGCAGGAGGUUCUUGGAGUAGUCCUCAAAGGCGUCCAUGUAAUCCUCCACAGCGUGGGGGUCAGCGUCCUUCUGGCUGGAGACCUGAAGUGCCCAUUGACUUAAAACACUUUUUUGUCAUUCAUUUACACUGGGUGCUCUAUAGUUUUCAUGAAUAACUUCCUGCUUUAAACUUGGCUGACUUGGUUCUGUUAUCCGUUCUCUAAGUGCCAAUUGGUGAGUUAAAAUGCUGUAUACUGUUUUUCAUUACUUUCUUCUGGUUAUCCUUGCGUAUCAGUCUUUCACGUUUAAUUUUCCCACUUCAUAAUUUCAGCAAUCAUGGUUGUGUGUUGUGUACCAUUAUCGUCACUGCUCUAAGGCGCUGGUAUGUUGCGGAUCUCUCUUCAUUAUUUUAUACUGUACACAUUUCUCCAUAUUAGUUUUCAUGAAUAUUUUUUUUACUUUUUACCUCAGCUCUCCUGGUUCAGUAAUGUGUACUGUUACCAUCAUCCUCUCCCAUGCUCCACUAUGCUCAUGUGAAGUCUAAUACAAUUUCCCUCUAAGUGUGAUAAAGGAUAUUUGCAGUUCUUUAACUAUAUGAUGAAAAAAAUACUGCUAUUCAUAUAUUUUACAUACACAAGAGAUGCGUUAAUUAAGGGAACAAUUUUAAAUCCAAGAGAAUUGUUAAGUUAUCACAGUUGGCUGCCUUGAGAGGGUAACUCUUUCAUGCAGCAACAAUUCCAUAUACAUAGAUUUAGAGGAAAGACAAGUGGAUCUGAUGUAUCUAUUCAUGAACACUGUAGAUAUGUGCUAAUAUUUCCUACCAAUAUUGUACUUUUCAGUAAGAGCAACAUACAUACAUACAGACAGUAUGUACAAAUAAAGAUGUGCUACAUGUA